GCGCCGGCCUCGAGCCCGCGCUCCCUCCCCCCGCCCGCGUGCCCGCGCCGCUGCGCGAUGCAGUGUGGGGAAUGGCUGGGGUUGGCUGAAGAGCGCACAGUGGAGUUUUAAUGUCCGCCAUGUUGGCCAUGGCGUAUUGAAGAGAGCGAGCGAGAGAGGAGCGGAGCGGCACAGCCUCCCACCCUCCCGGCUGGUGUUAGUGCCCGGACGGCGGGCUCUGCGCUCCGCCCCUCAAGUCCCCGGCAGCGGUUGGCGAGUGGGGACCGAACCCCCGGUUCUCCAUGAUCCCGCUGGCCGGGGCCGUUUCCCCAGAGCGGAGAGGUAUCUGCUGCGCCUGAGAUGAGUAAACUGUCGUUUCGGGCGCGGGCGCUAGACGCCUCGAAGCCGCUGCCGGUUUUCCGCUGUGAGGAUCUGCCCGACCUGCACGAAUACGCCUCGAUAAACAGGGCCGUGCCGCAGAUGCCCACCGGAAUGGAGAAGGAAGAGGAGUCGGAACAUCAUCUUCAGCGGGCUAUUUCAGCACAGCAAGUGUAUGGCGAGAAGAGGGAUAAUAUGGUUAUACCGGUCCCAGAGGCAGAAAGUAAUAUUGCUUACUAUGAGUCUAUAUAUCCUGGGGAAUUUAAGAUGCCAAAGCAGCUCAUUCACAUACAGCCUUUUAGUUUGGAUGCUGAACAGCCUGAUUAUGAUUUGGAUUCUGAAGAUGAAGUAUUUGUGAAUAAACUGAAAAAGAAAAUGGACAUCUGCCCAUUGCAAUUUGAGGAGAUGAUUGACCGCCUAGAAAAAGGCAGUGGUCAGCAGCCAGUCAGUCUGCAGGAAGCCAAACUACUGCUAAAAGAAGAUGAUGAACUAAUUAGAGAAGUUUAUGAAUAUUGGAUUAAAAAGAGAAAAAACUGUCGAGGGCCAUCUCUUAUUCCAUCAGUAAAACAAGAGAAGCGAGAUGGUUCCAGCACAAAUGAUCCUUAUGUGGCUUUUAGAAGGCGUACUGAAAAAAUGCAGACUCGAAAAAAUCGCAAAAAUGAUGAAGCCUCUUACGAAAAAAUGCUUAAGCUGCGAAGAGAUCUAAGUCGAGCUGUUACUAUUCUAGAGAUGAUAAAAAGAAGAGAAAAAAGUAAAAGAGAGCUAUUGCACUUAACACUGGAAAUUAUGGAAAAGAGGUAUAAUUUGGGCGACUACAAUGGAGAGAUCAUGUCUGAGGUUAUGGCACAGAGACAGCCAAUGAAACCUACUUAUGCCAUCCCCAUCAUCCCUAUUACUAAUAGCAGUCAAUUUAAACACCAGGAAGCAAUGGAUGUGAAGGAGUUCAAAGUUAAUAAGCAAGAUAAAGCCGAUCUUAUCCGACCGAAACGGAAAUAUGAAAAGAAGCCCAAAGUCUUACCAUCGUCUGCCGCUGCUACUCCCCAACAGACGAGUCCUGCUGCACUGCCAGUCUUCAAUGCUAAAGAUCUGAAUCAGUAUGACUUUCCCAGCUCAGACGAAGAACCUCUCUCCCAGGUUUUGUCUGGCUCUUCGGAAGCUGAGGAAGACAAUGAUCCUGAUGGUCCUUUUGCUUUCCGUAGGAAAGCAGGCUGUCAGUACUAUGCUCCUCACUUAGACCAAACUGGCAACUGGCCUUGGACUAGUCCUAAAGAUGGAGGAUUAGGGGAUGUGCGAUAUAGAUACUGCUUAACUACUCUCACCGUACCCCAAAGGUGUAUUGGAUUUGCACGAAGACGGGUUGGGCGCGGUGGAAGGGUCUUACUGGACAGAGCUCAUUCAGACUAUGACAGUGUGUUUCACCAUCUGGAUUUGGAAAUGCUUUCCUCACCACAACAUUCUCCAGUCAAUCAGUUUGCCAAUACCUCAGAAACAAAUACCUCGGACAAAUCUUUCUCUAAAGACCUCAGUCAGAUACUAGUCAAUAUCAAAUCAUGUAGAUGGCGGCAUUUUAGGCCUCGGACACCAUCCCUACAUGACAGUGACAAUGAUGAACUCUCCUGUAGAAAAUUAUAUAGGAGUAUAAACCGAACAGGAACAGCACAACCUGGGACCCAGACAUGCAGUACCUCUACGCAAAGUAAAAGUAGCAGUGGUUCAGCACACUUUGCAUUUACAGCCGAACAAUACCAGCAACAUCAACAGCAACUGGCACUCAUGCAGAAACAGCAGCUUGCACAAAUUCAGCAACAGCAAGCAAAUAGUAAUUCCUCCACCAACACAUCACAGAACCUUGCAUCUAACCAGCAGAAAAGUGGCUUUCGCCUGAAUAUACAGGGUUUAGAAAGAACACUACAGGGUUUUGUUUCUAAGACUUUGGAUUCUGCUAGUGCACAGUUUGCUGCUUCUGCUUUGGUGACAUCAGAACAACUGAUGGGAUUCAAGAUGAAGGAUGAUGUGGUGCUUGGAAUCGGGGUGAAUGGCGUCCUUCCAGCCUCAGGAGUAUACAAGGGCUUACACCUCAGUAGUACUACACCAACAGCACUUGUACAUACAAGUCCAUCAACGGCAGGUUCAGCUUUGUUAC